AUGGCCAACAUCUCUGAGCACAAAGCCACAAAGGCGCACGUCAACCUCAUGACUGACACCAUCAUCGCCAACUUGCCGCCCGAAGCGUUGCGUUCCGUCAUGCGAUCCAUCCUUACAACUCAUCCCGACUUCACCGGUGCUCUGGAGCAUCAUACGCGCCAGUACCUGUCGAAGACUUCCUCUUUCUCGGUCGGAGAGCUUUUCGUCAGCGAUGAGCCCAGGGGCGGAUUCCGUACCACAGCGGAUUUCACCGCUGCGCAGCAACGCAUUCGAGCCAUGCUGGGCAGUGGACUCUGUUUCGAGGGGUUGAAACUCCAGGUUAAUGUCAUUGACCAGUGUCGUGUACUCCGCUUCGGCCACGGUACGAAUAUCCCAGAGACGAGUAAACUGCGAGCUCUUGUGUCCGUCGACGGGGACAUAGUGCAAGCACUCACAGCCGUUGAGAAAAAGCUGACCCAGUCGUCGGGAAGACGAGACCUGACUCCCGAGGAAUCAGGAGUACUGACUCGUCUUGUGCAAUCACUGCUCGAGUGUCGCAAGGAAUGGACGGCCCAAGGAUACGAGUUUGUCUUUGAGCGGAGUCUGGGAGCAGUCGCCGACCUCACAUCCACGAGUGUUGAUGUCGAACACGGCCAAUCUCCAUCUCUCCGUCACCCUGAUCGUGCGCAAGAGCACGACCCUAUACUCGUGAACGUACCUCAACCGUCAGAGACCUUCGAUCUACAAGGGACGCCCCUACCCAGGCUCUUCUGCGGGCUAUGGCAAUUGUCAAGCCCUUCAUGGGGAAUUGCAUCCAAAGCACAAAUUUUCCAGCAGUUCUCACGCUAUGUGAGUAGAGGGUUCGCAGCGUACGACAUGGCAGAUCACUAUGGAGACGCAGAGGUUCUUUUUGGAUCAUUUCGAGCCUCGACAGGACAUGCCGGCGCGAUAUUCGGGGCGACGAAGCUCUGCAUCUUCCAACCCACAUUUAUAACAGAGACACUCCUUCGCGACAACAUCACCGAGCGAUGUAGGCGGAUGAGGUCAAGCACGAUCGACCUUUUGCAGUUCCACUGGCAAUUUUACGAUGAUCUGCAGUACAUCAGGGCUCUACGUAUUCUGCAGGCAGACGAGCGGAUCCGGUUUCUGGGCCUCUGCAACUUCGACACCUUCAGACUGACAGAGAUCCUUGCAGCCGGGGUCAAGAUUGCAACUAAUCAGGUUCAGUUCUCACUGAUCGAUUCGCGUCCCACGAUCAAGAUGGGACAGGUAUGCGAAGAACACAAGGUCAAGUUACUAACAUAUGGGACUCUGUGCGGCGGUUUCCUGGCGGAUAAAUGGCUGGGACAGCCCGAACCCGAAUUGUUCUCUGAUCAAAUCACGCCCAGCCAGCGGAAGUAUUUCGAGAUGAUAGUCGCUUGGGGCGGAUGGUCUCUUUUCCAAGAUCUGCUCACGGUUCUGAAAGCCCUAGCGGACAAACACGAGGUCGGCAUAUCCAACGUGGCUACGAGAUGGGUUCUAGACUUCCCAUACGUGGGUGCUGUCAUUGUUGGAACAAGGAUGGGAGUCAGUGAGCAUUCGGACCAAAACCUCGAUAGCUACGGAUGGCACCUGGAUGACGAAGAUCAAAGGCUGAUCGAGGGGGUGCUGAGUAGGAGUCGGAGAGAAGACAUGUUCAGUGUCAUGGGUGAUUGUGGUGGAGAGUAUCGUUGA